GCGUUAAAAUUGUGUUAGAAUGCCAUCAUGGGGUGGGGUCACCUCGGACGCCAUGCCUCCUCCGAUUCCGAUGCCGGACCGAGCACCACCACGGAUCCACGGCGGUUCCCUCUGGCUGCUCAGCCGGAGGUGAUGCGCGCCGCUGAGAAAGACGACCAGUACGCAUCGUUCGUUUACGAAGCCUGUCGCGACGCCUUCCGCCACCUCUUCGGAACCAGAGUUGCAGUAACUUACCAAAACGAGACAAAACUUCUAGGGCAAAUGCUUUACUAUGUCCUCACAACAGGGUCAGGACAACAGACUCUUGGAGAGGAAUACUGUGAUAUCACUCAGGUUGCAGAACCUUAUGGACUUCCUCCAACCCCUGCGAGGCGUGCUCUUUUCAUUGUUUACCAGACAGCUAUUCCAUAUAUUGCGGAGCGAAUUAGUUCUAGAAUGGCUUCCCAAGGCAUUGCCCUUUCUGACUCGGAGUUUGCUGAGAGUUAUGGUGAAAGUGCCCACGGGAGCAGUAGUUCUCAGAUUUCUGCUGCGAAUGAACUUCCUCCUUCGCCCAUGUCAGGACAAUCUAUUACAACUCUGACAAGGUUGAAGCAGAAAAUGGAUAGAUUUUGGUUGCAUGUGGUUCAAAGAUGGCCUACGAUACUCCCUUUUGUUCGUGAGUUGCUGCAGAUGGUUCUUCGUGCUAACCUUAUGUUGUUCUACUUCGAAGGCCUCUAUUAUCAUAUAUCCAAACGUGCUGCAGGCAUUCGUUAUGUGUUCAUUGGAAAAGCAUCAAAUCAGAGACCUAGAUACCAAAUACUAGGAGUAUUUCUGCUGAUUCAAAUUUGUGUACUAGCUGCUGAGGCACUGCGUCGAAGAAAUUUUACUUCUAUUGCGGGUUCAGUUACUCAAACAUCCUAUGCAACCCACCAUACAUCAGCAGGACAUGGUUUACCUGUUUUGAAUGAGGAAGGUACUUUGGCAUCUCCUGAUACUGACAAAGGAAGUUGGAUCUCUGAAUCUUCAUCUUCCGAGUAUCAUGCAACUAGUGGUGUUAGCAAAUGCACACUUUGUCUGAGUAAUCGCCAACACCCAACAGCUACGUCCUGUGGCCAUGUAUUUUGCUGGAACUGUAUCACAGAAUGGUGCAACGAAAAGCCAGAGUGCCCUCUUUGCCGUACCCCUAUAACACACUCAAGUCUAGUCUGUGUGUAUCAUUCAGACUUCUAGAAUCUGCUUCUUGUUAGCUGCAAUCUUCUAUACAUAGAAAGAAGAUAGCAUGAAAGGCAACAUUUUCUGUCUUGCUAGGACUGUAUAAUAUGAAUAUUUACAGAAUUUAAUUUUAUAUUAGAAUCUGUUCAGUUUUA